AUGUCAAAUUUAAACCCACAAUCGUUACCAGUAAUAACGAAAUCAAGUGAACAAAUUCGACAAAAAGUCGAUGAACGACAUUGGGAAUUAUUUGAAACACGUUUAAAAAAACCAUUAUUUGAAAGAAAUAAAGAAAACUAUACAAAAUCAAAUAAUUAUCAUAUAAUUGAUCGUUUAAAACCAGUUGAUCAAACUCGACCACCGAUUCAACCUAAUCAACGAUGGCAAUCAUUUUGUACUCAAUUAACAGAUAAAACAAAUGAAUCUACUCGCCUUAUGUCUAUAUUUCAUAAUGUUUGGGUUAAGAAUUGGAAUACGAAACAACUACAAACUGAUUCAGAUACGCAUGAAAAUACUUUUUUAAAACAUUUUAAAGCAAAUGAACAUGAUAAAAAAGUUAUAUCGUCAAUUCUUCAUCAAAAUACUUAA